AGUGGGGAAUAAUUCUGGAAUAAUCUGGGUUGGGUUCGAUUUUCACAAGUGACAGUUUCCCUUAUACCAGUUUAUGUGUCUUUCGGAUCAAAUGAAGAUUAAUCUAAUGGAACGGGAUCGCGAAGAAAGACACCGGAAUACUUCUUGGGUUUACACCACGACAAAACAAAAAACAUUGGGUGGCCACUGCCCAGUGCUCACCACUCCCUUUCUCCUCCCUCACUUGCUCAUUUUUCUACAAAGCUAGUCAGUGUCAGUCAAUCGGAUCCCCCUUUCUUCUUCUCCCACACCCUUCCCAACUGCAAAAUUUUCAAUCUUUUCUAAGCUACACAACACUACACAGUCUCUCUCCCUCCCUCACUAUCUCCCAUGUCAGAAAUAACAUCAGCUUGACUCAAAAAGGUACAAUCAUUUUUGCUUCUCUGCCAUUUCACCAACAGAAGAAAAUCAACCCAUUUCUUUCACUCCAUUUUCUGUUGGGUAACUGUUCUAUGAUAUAUAAAUGAUGCAAACAGUUUGUGGUGUGAUGGGCAUUUUUUAAUUCUCUACUUCCUUCCACGUCUACAUCACCUUCCUAGCCCACACUGUGGUCGCCACACUUGGAACUUCAAAUCAAACGGUUAGCUAGGGUUGAGGUGCUGGACUCCCUUCAUCGCUGUACGUGCGCAAGCCAGUAAACUCAGCUUUUGUUGACCAGUGAGAGAUUCCUACACUCUAGAGAAAGAAAUGAGUAACAUUGAGUGGUAUGACCAUCUUUUGAGAGGUGUGUUCCAGCCUGAAUUUGCAGAGGACUUAAUAAAAUGCUAUCCCGAGGAUGGCGGUUUAAGUCACGAGGAAAUUCGUAUACAGCAGGAAAGUCUCUACCUUGCAUUUCAAAAACAUGGGGAAAACCGAAGCACAUCUUCUGAGCAUGGUGAAACUAGUAGUAGCAACCCAUUUACAGUGCAAGAGCGUGCUUCAUUUGGUGCAGACGUUGCAUCACAAUUGGCUCUUGAUGAGGCUUUAGCCAGAUCAUUAGAGAUGGGUGAUGGUUUUGACGAUAUCCAUACCUUGGCUGGAGCCAGUGGAUCCCAACACCAAGCCCCUCCUGUCAGGGCUGAAAUUUCAAAUACUGCGGGAGAUGGCAUUGAUCCAGAUGACAUGAGCUAUGAGGAAUUGCAGUCAUUAGGAGAUGCUGUCGGCCACGAGAGCAAAGGGCUUUCAGAUGACAUUAUAUCUCGAUUGCCAACCUUUAAAUACAAAUCUUGGCUUUCCUUUUGGAGAAAGAAUAGCAAUGAUGAGUGUGUGAUAUGUUGCGAGCAAUAUGCAUUUAGAGAUAAGCUGGCGAGUUUGCUUUGUGCGCAUACGUUCCAUUAUAACUGCAUAAAGCGCUGGCUCAAAGAAAAGAAGAAUUGCCCUAUUUGUAACAUGGAGGUAGCUGAUGGCUGAGCAUGGCAAAGCUUGGAUGGAAUUCUACAGUGGAAUUUCUUCUUUUGUAGGGGAAUUAGACCAAAUUUACAAUUUUUUUUACUUUCAUGCUGUAACUUUUUAGGUUUAAUUUUUAACAGCUCUUGAAACUGGGAAGUGGGAAGACUGUUCUGUCUUCUGCUUCAUGCUUUGAAUAAAUGGCUUCUUUUAUACUU